AUUGUUAGCGGCUGCGGUUCGAAGUGGCUUUGGGUAUUGCUGCGGCUGGCGCGGUGCCGCUCUAGGUAAAUCAGGGAUUUCUUCUUGGUUUGGAUCCACUGCUGGUUUUCUUCCGCCAUCUGUGAGAGCUUCUUGAUCUGUCCCCAGGAAUCCUUUUUUUUUUUUUCUUUUUCUUUCUUUGAGACAAGGUCUCGCUCUGUCGCCCAUGCUGGAGUGCAGUGGUGCAAUCACAGAUCACGGCAGUGUCUAAUUCCUGGGCUCAAGUGAACCUCCUGCAUCAGCCUCCUCAGUAGCUGGGACCACAGGAUAUGAAAGAUGGCAAGUCCAGAUAGAAUUAAACGGAAGAUAUUAAAAGCAAAAAAAACAAUGCCCCUAAGUUGCCGGAAGCAAGUAGAGAUGCUGAAUAAGUCCAGGAAUGUUGAAGCACUGAAAACAGCAGCAAUUGGGAGUAAUGUUCCAAGUGGUAAUCAGCGUUUCAGUCCUAGUGUCAUAACUACCAAAUGUAGCCCUUCUGAAAGUGGUGCAUCCUCAUUGGACUCUAAUAAAAAUUCAAUAUCAGAGAAAAGUAACGUAUUCUCUCAGAAUUGCAUAAAACCAGUAGAAGAAAUCAUUCAUUCAGAAACAAAAUUGGAACAAGUUGUUUGUUCGGACCAAAAGCCAAGUAAAACAACAGAUUCCCCCAGCAAAGUCUUCAUAGAAGAGGCAAAAGAUUCACUGAACACUUCUGAAAAUGAUUCUGAGUGUCAGACAAAUGUAACAAGAUCCCUUUUUGAGCAUGAAGGGGCUUGUAGUCUGAAGUCCAGUUGCUGUCCACCCAGUGUAUUGAGUGGUGGUGUUCAGAUGCCAGAGUCUACAGUAACCAGUACCGUGGAUGAUAAAACUGACCAGAUGGUUUUCCAUUUAGAAACAAACUCCAAUUCAGAAUCACAUGGUAAAAGGCAAGGUGACAACAUUUUAUGUUCAGAAGAGUCAGGUUUUGUGCCUGUUGAGAAAACACCUAAUUUAGUGAAUUCAGUCACUUCUAACCACUGUGCUGAUGACAUUUUGAAAACCAAUGAGUGUAGUAGAACCUGUCCUUCCAGUAUUUCAAAUUGUGAAACUGCAGACUCAACAUGGCAGUCAUCACUUGACACUAAUAACAACAGCCAUUAUCAAAAGAAGAGAAUGUUUUCAGAAAAUAAAGAAAAUGUUAAACGCAUGAAAACUUCAGAGCAAAUUACUGAAAAUAUUUGUGUAAGUUUGGAAAGGCAAACAGCAUUCCUGGAACAGGUCAGACAUUUGAUUCAACAGGAGAUCUAUAGUAUAAAUUACGAACUAUUUGAUAAGAAACUGAAAGAAUUGAACCAACGCAUUGGGAAGACAGAGUGCAGAAAUAAACAUGAAGGAAUAGCUGAUAAACUCUUGGCAAAAAUAGCAAAACUUCAAAGACGUAUUAAAACAGUAUUAUUAUUUCAAAGGAAUUGUUUGAAACCAAACAUGUUAACCAGUAAUGGAGCCUGUAAGGUUGCAAAUUCAGAGGCUAUGAUUUUGGAUAAGAAUCUGGAGUCAGUUAAUAGUCCAGUUGAAAGGCCUUCUGUGAAUUAUGAGCCUUCUAACCCUUCAGAAAAAGGAAGUAAAAAAAUUAAUUUGUCAGCAGAUCAAAAUAAGUCUGUUUCUGAAAGUAACAAUGAUGAUGUUAUGUUGAUUUCUGUGGAAAGGCCUAAUUUGACAACUCCAAUUACAUCAAAUCCAACAGAUACCAGAAAAACUACAUCAGGAAAUUCUAGCAGUUCUCCUAAUGCUGAAGUUACAGCUGUACAGAAGAAACUUGAUUUUAUAAUUGAUUUGACAAAAGAAGGCCUAUCCAACUGCAAUACAGAAAGUCCAGUAUCCCCCCUGGAGUCACAUUCGAAAGCUGUUUCAAACUCAAAAGAAACAACCCCAUUGGCACAAAAUGCAGCCCAGGUUCCUGAGUCCUUUGAGCACCUGCCACCUCUCCCAGAACCACCAGCACCACUACCUGAAUUAGUAGACAAAACCCGAGACACACUUCCUCCCCAGAAGCCUGAGCUCAAAGUGAAACGGGUUUUCAGACCAAAUGGCAUUGCCCUGACUUGGAAUAUAACCAAAAUCAAUCCCAAGUGCGCUCCUGUAGAAAGCUACCACCUCUUCCUGUGUCAUGAGAACUCUAAUAAUAAAUUGAUUUGGAAGAAGAUUGGAGAAAUUAAAGCUUUACCACUCCCCAUGGCCUGUACUUUAUCUCAGUUUUUAGCUUCCAACAGAUACUAUUUUACUGUCCAGUCAAAAGAUAUUUUUGGACGAUAUGGACCAUUCUGUGACAUAAAAUCUGUCCCUGGAUUUUCUGAAAAUCUUACGUAAAAGAGAGGUCUUUAAUAAUUACAUAUUAUACUACUCUUUUUUUCAUAUUUGUUUGUUUGUUUACAAUGUUACUGUAAUACUAUUUGCCGUUGUAAAACGCCAGCUCAGAUUGUGAGCCCUUUCUAUUGGGACAGUCCUCUUCUAUAUGUUGUAAGUGGCCAGUAACUUGAUGAAUUUCUGGUUUGUAUUAAAUAUGUCCUUCCAAUGGAUAAGUUCUAAAACAUAUGCUAUCUUGGUCGCGUGUUGCUGAGGUGUGUUGUGAACAGUACCUUUGGUGACUGUGAAACUGCUGCUUCUAUCAGAAGACCUAGGAUACAAGCAGCCACUGUUUCCUCCAUUAACAAUCAGCUUUUAGUGACCUGCUAUGGUCAGCAUAGCUACAGGAAAAGUCAGCCCUUGACUGAGGGCCAGAUCAUCCCUGGAGUGCACCUCUACCAAGAUUUUAUGAAAAGAUGACAUGUUGGACUGCAUAAUACAAAUUAAUAUAAAAAUUAAAUUUUUUUUUUUUGAGAUGGAAUCUUGUUCCAUUGCCCAGGGUGGAGUACAGUGGCACAAUAUCAGCUCACUGCAAGCUCCAUCUCCCAGGUUCAAGCAAUUCUCCGGUAUCAGCCUCCUGAGUAGCUGGGACUACAGUAGCUUGCCACCACGCCCAGCUAAUUUAUUUUUAGUGGAGAUGAGGUUUCACCUUGUUGGUCAGGCUGGUUUCAAACUCCUGACCUCAGGGGAUCCACCCACCUCGGCCUCCCAAAGUGCUGGGAUUACAGGCAUGAGCCACCACACCUGGCCAAAAACUAAAAGACUUUAUGAAAAGAAAUGGCUUCCCAUUCUAUUCAGCUUCUAAGUGGGCUAUUCAUUUAUGCCCCUCCUCUUUUUUGUUUUGUUUUGCACUCUGUCAAUCAUUUGGGGAAAAAGCCUGGAGGUCUUUCCUGAAUCUGUUCGUAGACAUAAUAAAAUGUGUGCUGUGUACACAAAAACAUAAUAGUAUCUCUCAUGAAAGCAUUACCCAACCUGCUGUUUGAGUUGAGAACGGAUUUGUCCACCUUAGAUGUGAGGCUUUAGUUUGCUGAUUUCCUAAAUGCUACCCUUUGAUCAUUUCCUAGGGGCUCAGAUGUGUCUUGUGCCCACCUCUUCCUGAGAGGAAGUGGAGCUGUGACUAGUACAAGCAGCCCAAGAAACUCUGAACAGGACCCAAUGGAGGCAAACUUGAGAAAAUAACUGGGAUGAUAAAAAAUUUAAAAAAUCCCAACUGUUUGAAAGUUCGAAAGAGGGGCAUUCUUUCCUGGUACAUGGUGAAAGUUCAGGCUCCAGAGGCUCAAAACAGGGAACGGUUUUCCUUGGCAUUUUGUAAAUGCUCUCACAUCUGCAGUAAUAAAGCUGUUAUUUUCUGCA